UGCAUCUGAACAUAGAUAAUAGCUUUAAGAACGCAAUACAGAAGAUCGAUAACCGAUCAUUGUCCUUGAGCCUUGAGACAUGCUGCUGUUUUCAGUCCAUCCCAUCAGUCAGAUAUUUGCCACUGGGUAGGUGAGAGUGUGUGGGAGAAGCAAGCCAAUGACAAAUGAGGGUAAAUAACAGGGAGAGGGGGAGAGAGGGAUGCAGUGUGCCAGCUCAUGACCCAGAGAGAUAAACAGAAAGUGAGAGUUGGCCAGGCAGGUAGGACAGGAGGGUGUGGCAAAGAAAAGAGCAUUUAGUGAGCAGCGCCGGCCGAUCCUGCGCUCUAAUUGGCUGCCGAGACUUUGACAGACGCGCUUGUCCCUCCCCCCCUCCGGCUGCCUGCUGAAAGUGUAUGUAUGUAUGUGUGUGUGUGCGUGAAGGAGCCGGCAGACUGAAGCGAGCCACAGAGGCAGGCUCUAACUCCAACCCAAUGAGCUCGCAGCCCUCACACUCACACACACUCUUCACACACACACACACUCUCUCCUCAGCCUCAGCGCCGGCUCUCGCUUCAACCCUGGGACACAGAAGAAGAAGAAGGAGAGAAGAGAGAGGCAGUGAGUGGCAGAGAGGGAGAGUGAGGGCGAGGGAGUAAGAGAGGAGAGAGGGAGAGAGGCAGAGGGAGACUGGCGGGGUGUGAGGGAGAACACCAUGGCUUCAGAUCCGGGGCUGGCUGCGAUGCUGCUAUGGACUAUAUCACUACAAGCUCUGGGCACCGCAGGAACUAACAGCAACGAAGUGAAUCUACUGGACACGACGACGAUCACAGGAGACUGGGGCUGGCUAACGUAUCCGUCACAUGGGUGGGACGCCAUUAACGAGAUGGACGAGUACUUCAGUCCUAUCCACACAUACCAGGUCUGUAAUGUGAUGAGCCCCAGCCAGAACAACUGGCUGAGGACGGGCUGGAUCCCUCGUGAAGGAGCCAGGAGGAUCUACAUCGAGGUCAAGUUCACCCUGAGAGACUGCAACAGCAUGCCUGGAGUACUGGGCACCUGCAAGGAAACCUUCAACUUGUACUACUACGAGUCUGACAGAGCGGUGGGCUCGGCCAUACGGGAGAACCAGUUCAUUAAGAUUGACACCAUCGCUGCUGAUGAGAGCUUCACGGGGGUGGACCUGGGAGUCCGCAGACUUAAACUCAACACUGAGGUGCGAGGCGUGGGUCCUCUAAACAGACGAGGCUUCUACCUGGCCUUCCAGGACAUCGGCGCGUGCAUCGCCCUCACCUCGGUACGGGUGUACUACAAGCGCUGUGUGGGCGUGAGCCGUAACCUGGCGGUGUUCACUGACGUUGUGACGGGCGCCGACUCGUCCUCUCUGGUGGAGGUCAGAGGUCAGUGUGUGGAUCACGCCGAGGAGAGGGACACACCCAAGAUGUACUGCAGCGCUGAAGGCGAGUGGCUGGUGCCCAUCGGCAGGUGUGUGUGUUCUGCCGGAUUCGAAGAGCACAGAGACUCCUGUGUAGCCUGUGAGGUGGGUUUCUAUAAGCCAGUGGCGGGCGAUGGCCUGUGUGGUAAAUGUCCUCAACACAGCCACUCAGAGACCAGAGCCGCCCUCGCCUGCCCCUGUGACUCCAACUACUAUCGAGCGGCAGAUGACCCACCAGCAGCUCCAUGCUCCCGCCCUCCAUCUGCUCCAGUAAACGUCAUCUCCUCGGUCAACGGGACGUCUGUGAAUUUAGAGUGGGAUCGCCCUCUGGACACCGGAGGUCGCAGCGACCUACAGUAUAACGUGUUGUGUCAGAAGUGCUCAGGAGAAGGAGGGCCCUGCGAGGACUGUGCAUCCUCCCCAGGAGGCACUGGUGGAGGGAAGGCAGUCGGAGGGGCGAGUUUUGGGGCCGUGGGAGGAGGGAUGGUGGAGCGUUCGGGCACAGCCGCAGUUCGAUUCGUCCCACGCCAGACCGGGUUGACGGAGCCCUGGGUGACGGUGCUCAACCUGGUGGCCCACACCAACUACUCCUUCCGCAUCCUGGCCAAGAAUGCGGUGACGCACCUGAGCAACGAGCCAUCACUCUACGCCUUGGUCAACAUUACAACGAACCAGGCAGCCCCCUCUGAAGUGUUAGCCAUCCGCCAGGAGAACACCAGUCAGAACAGUGUGACUCUGCUGUGGCAUGAACCCGACCAGCCCAACGGUGUUAUUUUGGAGUAUGACAUCAAAUACUAUGAGAAGGAUAAUGAAGAGCACAGUUAUUCCACUCUGAAGUCAAGAAAUACCAGUGCCCGAGUUUCGGGACUGAAGCCGGGCACCAAGUACAUCUUCCAAGUCCGAGCCAGAACGUCAGCAGGUUGCGGACGCUUUAGCCAGAAUGUGGAGAUUCAGACUGGGAAAGCAGCUCCCCUGCGCUACAACACCAUGACCAUCAUCUGGAUCUGCAUGGCCCUGGUGUCCACACUGGUCACCUUUCUGGCCAUCAUCAUCUGCAGGAAACGGCAAGGCUACACUUUACCACACUACCCAUCGCUGCUACACUGUGGCUACAGCAAGGCCUUCCAGGACUCUGAUGAGGAGAAGAUGCAUUACCAGAACGGUCACGUGUCAUUCCCCGAUGCGAGGUUCUAUAUCGACCCGCACACAUACGAGGACCCCUGCCAGGCGGUCCAUGAGUUUGCCCGAGAAAUUGAAGCUUCCAGGAUCAAAAUAGAGAAAAUCAUUGGCUCAGGGGAGUUUGGGGAGGUGUGUUAUGGACGCAUGAGGCUCCCGGGGAAACGGGACAUCCCAGUGGCGCUGAAGACCCUGAAGGCAGGAUACACAGAGAAGCAGAAGAGGGACUUCCUGGCUGAGGCGUCCAUCAUGGCCCAGUUCGACCAUCCCAAUGUUAUCCGAUUGGAGGGAGUGGUAACCCAGAGCAAACCAGUGAUGAUCAUCACAGAGUACAUGGAGAACGGCUCUCUGGACUCCUUCCUCAGGAGACACGACGGCCAGUUUACCGUUAUCCAACUGGUUGGGUUGCUGCGUGGCAUUGCAGCUGGUAUGACCUACCUGUCUGACCUAGGCUACAUCCACAGAGACCUGGCUGCCCGCAACAUCCUGGUCAACAGCAACCUGGUGUGUAAGGUGUCUGACUUCGGCCUAUCCCGAGUGCUGGAGGACGACCCUGACGCCGCAUACACCACCAGUGUGAGUUUUCACAUUGAGGGCGGGAAAAUCCCAAUCCGCUGGACAGCCCCGGAGGCCAUCGCCUACAGGAAGUUCUCCUCCUCCAGUGAUGUAUGGAGCUACGGUGUGGUCAUGUGGGAGGUGAUGUCCUACGGAGAGCGACCAUAUUGGAACCUCACCAACAGAGAUGUGAUCAAGUCUGUGGAAGAAGGCUACAGGCUUCCUGCUCCUAUGGGCUGCCCUGCUGCUCUACACACACUCAUGCUGGACUGCUGGCAGAAGGAUCGCAACGAGAGGCCACGCUUUUGCCAGAUAGUCACCGUUCUUGACAAGCUAAUCCGCAACCCAGAUAACCUGAAGUCUAUUGACACGCUCUGCAGUUUAAACAGUCCUCCGCUGAUGGACAGAGCUAUUCCCGACUUCAGUAGCUGUAACUCAGUAGACGAGUGGCUGGACACCAUAAAGAUGGGCCGCUACAAGGACCGCUUUGCAGCAGGGGGGUACCACACUCUGGGUCACGUCAUAGGCAUGAACCAAGGGGAUAUCCAGAGGCUCGGAGUGACGCUGAUGGGCCACCAGAAGAAGAUCAUGACCAGUGUCCAGCUGAUGAGAGCACAGGUCCUGAACAAGAGUGUGCCAUCAGUGCAUGUAUAACUCCAACGCUGAGGUUUCUGUCUGCUGAAAUCUAGAAACCCAGGUUUCUAUAAGGUCUAGAGGAACUCCACGGGAAACAAGAUGAUCAGAUAAAUGGGAGAAGAAGAUAUGUGGGAACUUUACAAGACUUUUUCCUUGAGAGACUGAAGAACAAAACGUGAAAGGUUUUAACUAUGGAGCAAGUAAACAUGACUUCUAUGGGACAAGUCCAACCUUUCAUUUUUUUUUUCCUUUCCGAUUACAUUUUCUGAGUUUAAAUGUCUUGUUUAUAAAUGGAAAGACUGCCUUAAUUACCACAAAUUAUUUUAAUUUUAUUGUCUACAAAGAGAAGAUAAUUUAUCAAUCAUGAAUUUAUCAGAGUAAUAUGAUUUACUGAACCGGACAAUAGUAAGAGUAUAUGGAGUAAUGUAGAGUGUGGGGGUGGGGGUGUGUUCAAAUGUUCUGUUCUGACACUCACUGCCUCUCAACAGCUGGAAUAGGAUGAGGCACAGAAUGACGCUUGAGUCAGAAAAAGUGGAGAAAAGUGAGAUAGGGCUAACCCGAGUUGCCAGAUCAUCUCCACAGUGGAGAAGACCUAUUUCACCCCAGGCUAUUAAUACCAACAACAGGCACAUUUCUCCGCCGUCCAACCUUGAUGAAUGACCCCAGGAGAGCCCUAGAGCCCUCUGCCCAGUUUGAAGCUGCCCGGCGCACAACUACUGUACUUGGAAGACGUGUAUGAUUCAGUUACAGUGCACUUUAUUCUACAAUCUCUCUGUGUUGUAGAGGCUUUGAAGUUGUGUCACAAAUCUCCUCGCAGCCAUAACGUGAGCAGCAAUGUUGGUCCGUUACAAAAUUAACUGUUUAAAAAUAUAACAUAGAUAAUUAUUCAUAUGCAGUAACAACCAAGAAGAAAAAGAGAUAUUUGGAAAUAUUAGUAUUAGAAGCCAAAGUGUCUCAUCAAGAUUCCUUUACAAAGUAGUCUUCACUGUGACAGCAAAUUAGAAAACUAUAUAUAUAUGAAAUUAUAUAUCGGUCACUUCAUACAUUUGCCUCUAUUUCAAAUGUUU